AUGCUGCUUUUGAUUCAACUUUUUACAGGCUCUGGCAGUUUGGAAUACCUUUCUAAUGCAACAAAUGUCCAGGAUGCCUUUACUGUAAUGAGAACUUACCACCUGGCAUCAAUGCUAGAAAAUUGCCUAUACAAUGCAAAAUGCACUAAACUCCAUUGCACAAAAAUCCUUGUGCCUAAAGGACUACUCACAAAAGUGGCACAGGAGAUUCUCAAAUUCUCUUUAACUGAGCCCUGUGGACUACGAGGAUGCAUUCUUCAUGUGAACUUAGAAUGUGGUCACAAGCAUUUAGCACUUGAUACAUUAGCAUAUGACUCUACGGUUGAACCUACUUUUGAAGUGAACUUGGUUUUAAAACGUGAAAGUCAAUUAUGGGACCAUUUCAGUGACUUUCUUAUCCUUAGAACUUGGUUUCCAAAUAUUUUCAGAGGCAUCUUAAAACUCAGUCCCAAGUUCUUGAUUACAAAAAACGUAUUAUACUUUUCAGUUAGCGGAAGUGAAGCUUGCUCAUCAGGCCUAGUUUCCAAUUCCUAAGUAGACUUACCUGGCUUAUAUCGAUUGUGAAUACAUCAUUAUGUAUCUGUAAUUUGCAGCAUUUCAGAGAUCUAA